UACUUUCUGUGCUCUCCGGACUCCCUCAGACACUUCAUCGGGUUCAUCUGAGCCAUGACGACUCCACGACAUGAGUUCUACGAGACCGAGGACAAGCUCACCCUUUCCAUCUUUGAAAAGGGCGCGGAUCCAGAGCAAGUCAAAAUCACCUUCGAGCCCAGGAAGUUCACCUACACCUACGGCGACAAGUCCCUCGUUCUCGAACCCCUCAAGGGCCAGAUCGACACGGAGAAGAGCGGCUACACCGUAGGAAAGGUCAAGAUUGAGGUCCGCUUCGCCAAGAUGGCGCUGGGACGGUGGGGAGCCCUCACCGGCGACGCUCCAGAUCCCCUUGCUUCCUUCCCCGCCAGCUCCGCGCCGACUAGCACGACGGUGCGCAAGCAGCGGAAGAAUUGGGACGGCAUCACCUCCGAGAUCCUGUCUCAAGAGAAGGAGGUUACAAGCGACCAAGACCCCAAUGCAGGCGGAGACGCUGCCGUGAACGAGUUCUUUAAGAAGCUGUACGCCGAUGCCGACGAGGACACCCGUCGUGCGAUGAUGAAGAGCUACUCGGAGAGCGGCGGCACCACCCUCAGCACGAACUGGGACGAGGUGAAGAAGGCGCCGGUUACGGUGAAGCCUCCAGAGGGAAGCGAGUGGAAGAAGUGGGCAGUGUGAUCUCUUCCGCGCGCGCGACGGUUGCUGGCCCGUUCCAGGAAAGAUCAUAGUAUGCCACGAUCUACAAUCGAAGGGAAAUCUCAAGCUGUUUUUUCAGGUUCCAGUGCUGUAUCAACCGUUCAUCAUCGUUAUCGAGCUUUCGAUGUAUCCACAUUGUUGUAUCAGAGAGGAUUGUUCUACCGAGCUCGUCAUGC